AUGGGGUACCGAUAUCACAUCGCCGGACCACCCCGAUUGCAACCCCUGUUGCCCCAACAAGUCCCGCCUGGAUUCACCCUCACAUUGUUUCCAACAGAAGAGCAACCCAUGAUCGUCGAGGAGGCGCUGGAGAAGCGGGACAUCCUGGGACAAAAGGUCAAAGAAUUCAACGCCGUGGCCUGCCAAGGUUGA